AUGAAGUCGUUCAACAUCAUCGACAUCUUGCCGGAACACGCCGAACAACUCAUGGACAUGAUUUAUGUGAGUGUUUAUGACGCUUAGAGAUUGAAUUUGAUCGAAACCGUUUGUCUGAUUGUCUCGACUUUCGAGAUGAUAUUGUGAUGUUUGAUCAAACUCAACCGUCUAGUGAAACGAGUGAAAAAUGAGAGGAACUAUUUUGAUAGCUUUCAGGAGCUCGCCGAGUAUGAAAAAAUGAAGGAAUUCGUGGCAAACACACCGGAAAAGUUGCGAAAGGACAUUGAGAACAAGAGUGUUCAUGGUAAGCGUAAAGAUCAAUUGCAAAGUUGUGUCAACCUCCUCUUCCAGGCUUCAUCGCGUUCGACGGAGAUCAAGUGGCCGGCAUGAAUCUCUACUACUACGCCUACUCGACGUGGGGCGGUCAGUACAUUCGAAUGGAGGAUCUGUACGUGCGGCCCCAAUUCCGAAGACGUGGACUCGCGAGAACUCUCUGGAAACGGCUCGCCCAACUGGCUCACGACAACGGACUUUCGGGCCUCGAGUGGGUGGUUCUGGACUGGAAUAAGGACGCGAUUGCGCUCUACGACACGGCCGAUUAUGUGAAUUUGACGAAGGUGGAGGGAUGGUACACGUUCCGCAUGGACCCCGCCGCCAUCUCCAAACUCGCCAACGAGUAA